UCCUGGUCUCGAUCGCGCAUUGCAGGCGCUGUGAUCGGAGCUGAUAGAUAUACAGAGUAUGGCGGCAUUGAGAGCAGGUGUCGGGCGAAGCCUGCAAAGGCUGGCGAGAGCAAACACCCUCGCAACAUCACGAACAGGAGCAGUCUCCCGGUCCGCUCUACCCACCAUCUCAUACCUACACCACCGCCCUCGAUAUGUCUCCUCUAGCCGACCUUCACGACUCGCCGAACUCACCGAUGCCUUUCCCUCCCAGCUCGCCGGCGCACCGUCCGAGAUCCUCGCCAAUGCGAAGCCUACCUCUCCAGUGCCGCAGACCUUGACGGAGAAGAUCGUCCAGCGAUACUCCCAAGGUCUUCCAGAAGGCAAAUUCGUCAAGUCUGGCGACUAUGUCACACUCGCGCCGCAUCACUGCAUGACCCACGACAACUCAUGGCCUGUCGCGACCAAGUUCAUGAGCAUUGGAGCGACCAAGAUCCACGACACCAAGCAGAUUGUUAUGACGCUGGAUCACGAUGUGCAGAACAAGUCGGAGAAGAAUUUGAAGAAGUACGAGCAGAUCGAGUCGUUCGCGAAACAACAGGGCGUCGACUUUUAUCCAGCUGGGAGAGGUAUAGGACAUCAGAUUAUGGUUGAAGAGGGCUAUGCAUGGCCAGGGACUGUUGCCGUGGCCAGUGAUAGCCACUCGAACAUGUACGGAGGUGUGGGAUGUCUGGGCACUGCAGUGGUCAGGACGGACGCAGCGAGUAUUUGGGCAACAGGACGGACAUGGUGGCAGAUUCCGCCAAUCGCAAAGGUCACGUUGACUGGCAUCCUGCCCGAAGGCGUGACCGGAAAGGAUGUGAUCGUCGCGCUGUGUGGACUCUUCAACAACGACGAGGUGUUGAAUCACGCCAUCGAAUUCACAGGAGACACAAACACGAUGCGAAGUCUACCAAUCGACGACAGACUGGCUAUUGCGAACAUGACGACCGAGUGGGGUGCUCUAUCUGGUCUGUUCCCGAUCGACGAUGUUCUCAAAGGCUGGCUAAGAUACAAAGCGACGGAAGCCAGCAUGUACAAGGAGCCAGCGCCAUCUUCCAGCCUGACCACCGACCGCUUCAAUCACCAAAGACUUGACGAGCUAUUCGCCGACCCGCUCGCGGCUGAUAGCGGUGCGACAUAUGCCAAGGAGCUCUUCCUGGAUCUGGCCACGCUCUCACCUUACGUCUCUGGUCCCAACUCGGUCAAGGUCGGCACACCGCUCGCUGAGCUAGAAGCGCAGAACAUCCCAGUCAACAAGGCAUAUCUCGUGUCUUGCACCAACUCUCGUCGUUCAGAUAUCGAAGCGGCUGCCAAAGUGUUUCGAGCUGGAGCGGAUGUUGACGGCAAGAUCCCCAAGAUUGCCAACGGCGUCAACUUUUACAUCGCUGCUGCGUCCAUUCCCGAACAGAAGGCUGCCGAGGAGAACGGUGACUGGCAAGUCUUGCUCGAAGCUGGAGCACAGCCACUCCCAUCUGGAUGCGGCCCAUGUAUCGGACUUGGAACCGGCCUUCUUGAACCCGGUGAGGUCGGCAUAUCCGCCAGUAAUCGCAACUUCAAAGGUCGCAUGGGCAGCACCGACGCCAAAGCCUACCUCGCGAGUCCCGAAGUCGUCGCCGCCAGUGCACUACAAGGCAAGAUCGCAGGUCCAGGCUGGUAUCAGACACCCGCGGACUGGUCGGGUGUGCGCCGCGGCGAGGGCGAUGGCGUGAAGGACGAAGACCGCAUGAUCAGCAUUGAAGACGCUCUUGACAAGAUCAUCCGCGAGGCCGAGUCUGCCAUACAAGAAGGCGAGCAGCGCAUUGCGGGCUCAUCAUCCUCUGAAAGCACUUCUUCUGAAGACACAUCCUCUUCCUCCUCAUCCCUGACCGAGAUUCUUCCCGGCUUCCCCGAAAAGGUCACCGGUGAAAUCGUCUGGUGUAACGCCGACAACGUCAACACCGACGCCAUUUAUCCUGGGAAAUACACCUACGACGACGCCUUCUCCGCCGAUCCCGCCAAAAUGGCCACAGUAACAAUGGAGAACUACGACCCGAACUUCGGCCAGGUCGCCAAAUCAGGAGACAUCCUCGUCAGCGGCUUUAACUUUGGCUGCGGUUCAUCACGCGAACAGGCCGCGACCGCUAUCCUCGCCAAGGGCAUCCCUCUCGUAGUGUCCGGAUCGUUUGGCAACAUCUUCUCUCGCAACUCCAUCAACAACGCGCUCAUGGGUGUCGAAGUGCCCCGUCUUAUCGAGCGACUCCGCGCCACCUUCGACGACACGACCUCUUCACCCCAGUUGACGGUCCGCACGGGCUGGACGUUUACGUGGGAUGUGAGGAGAAGUCAGGUUGAGGUCAAAGAAGGUCAGGGAGGGGAGACGUGGACGCAGAAAGUGGGUGAACUACCCCCGAAUGUACAGGAGAUUAUUGCGAGGGGUGGAUUGGAGAAGUGGGUGAAGAAGGAGAUCUCUGGGACGUAG